AUAGUCCGGCCCAAUAAUUGUCGGUUGGCCCAUAAAAGAAAGCAAUAAGCGUGGCGCUACGUUGAUCAUUCAAUUCAACACAGUUAGAAGAAGCAACGGCAGCGAAAGAAAUAAUACCCACCGGCAGAAGAAAAAAUCACUUCGCUUUCCCUAUGCCUUUCCUUCCUUCCAAGUGCCCGCUUCUGGUUCCAGUUCCUCUGAACUAGCUCCCUCCAAGCUGCAAGUGGCCAUAGCCAUGGCUUCGUUCAUGGCUCAAGCGUCUCGCAGCGUAAUCGGACCCAUUUACGAAUAUAACAACAGCGGCAGCAGCUGCCUAUGCUUUUCCAGAUAUAGUGUCAUCAAUUCGUCGCGGCCGUCGUUCCGGCGCCCUGAUUCAAAUACAGUAACACACUUGGCCCGAGUCUAUGAAAUGCGUAAUCGCCGUUCUACUGUAAUCCGCUGUUCUUCCGACGAAGUGAGCUCUGGAACCAAGAUAAGGGGCGAAGUGCUAGCCCCAUUUCGGGCCGUGAGGAUGUUCUUUUACCUCGCCUUCAUCGCCAGUGGCUCUCUGGGGGGACUGAUCGCAACGAGCAGGCUGAUUGGGGCGCUGGCGAAUGCAUCGAGAGCCGCCGAAGUCCCUGAGAUUGUGAAAGGCCUCGGCAUAGACAUUGCAGCGGUGUCGAUUUUCGCAUUCCUUUACUUGAGAGAGGACAGCGCUAGAAAUGCUCAACUGGCUAGGCUUUCUAGGGAGGAAGGGCUUUCGAAGCUCAAGCUUAGGAUCGACGAGAGGAGGACUAUACCCGUGAGCUCGUUGAGAGGGUUUGUAAGGCUUGUGAUAUGUGCUGGCCCUGCAUCGUUCAUUGCCGAGGCUUUUAGGCUCAGUGAGCCUUUCACUGAGGGGCUUCUUGAAAGAGGGGUGCUUGUGGUGCCUUUCCCUACUGAUGGGGAGUUGCCUGCAUUUGAGUUUGACGAGAAUGAGGAGGUCACGGCCAAGAGGAGGCUCUGGCAGCUCGCUCCCGUCUAUGCCAACGAAUGGUCCAAGUGGUUAGAUGAUCAAAAGAAGAGGGCUGGAGUCUCCAAGGAAUCUCCUGUGUACUUGUCGCUGCGAUUGGAUGGGCGGGUGCGGGGCAGUGGUGUAGGGUACCCUCCUUGGAAUGCAUUUGUUGCCCAGUUGCCGCCGGUGAAAGGAAUGUGGUCAGGUCUUCUUGAUGGCAUGGAUGGGAGAGUUCUGUAGAGACUUGUUUUUUCUUCUUCCCUUCUAUGGAGGAGGUGAGUUUUGUUUCUGUAUUUGCUUUGUUGUAAUUAGCGCAACUUAUAAGUUCCCAAGAACUGUUCAUUCAGUUUGUCAAGUAAAAGAUAUGCCUUUUCAUCCACACUGAUUUUAGACCCAGUUAGGAGGAUGAAGCGCUAUAUGAAUAUGAUUGGGUGGAAUGCUCGAGCAUGAUGAUGCCGGGCAUAUUGACUGGCGGCAUCAUCAGGUGACGACUACUCUUUCUACACUGAAAUGUUCAAAGCAGAUAUGAUUACCGUGAGGAGAACUUCACUGUCGAUUAUAGAUCUCACUGCUUAUGUAUUUUCAUCCUUUGGCCAGGGCACACAUGUGACAUGUUUUGCAUUAGUCUCUUAUUUUGCACCCACUUGUAUAUACCACAAAGAAAUUUAGGUCUAAAUCCUUAGAGUGUGUACUUGUUAAAAUUUCCAGUCUUUUCCAUCAUUUUUUUCUCGAGAUCAAGUAGAGUCGCUAUUUCUUCCACUCGCACUUUGUUACGGUCUCUUAUUACUACAAUCUCUUCACGAGUUUUGUUAAUCUCUUCGUAAGCCCUCUUGUGCACGAAUGGCUGCUUUUUGUUCUUGUUGGAUUUUGGCAUGGGUCAAAUACCCGGGGUCUUUCUCGAAUCUCACUACCUGCUUUCCGAAUUCCUUCUCCAAUGCCUGACCUUUAGGUUCGUUGAUUUUGGCAUGCUUCUCCAAUGCUAUAAUCUGAAUGUUAUUCUGUUUGUUCUAUUAACCUUAGUUAUGAUUCAAAUCCUUUUUUGUGUGGUAGAAUGAUUCAAAUUCUUUGGUAGUAGCCUAAGGGCCAGCAAAACCUUGGUUUGAUAUCUUAGGUUGAUCAGGAUUAAAGAAAUCACAAUGAAUUGUUUGGAAAAACUAGCCAAAAGUCAAAAUAUUCUCAAUCAAGAUUUGAAUCUCUUGACUUAGAAACAUAUAUGGACUAAUAAGGUCAAGGGGAAUCAUAAAAAUCUGUGAAGAGUUUUAGAAAAUGAUAAUCAUGUAGCUCAGUCAUCAAGAGUGAAAAACCUUUGCUAAGAAUCACUGGUUGAGGCUUAGACUAACCUUGAUAGCCAUGACAGAGGUAUAAGACAAUGAGUUUUGUGUUUAGAUUGAAAAUACUUGACUUCAUAUCUUAGGCCAAGAAAAUAUACAACAUAACGCAUUGAUAAGGAGUAGAGACACAUGACAAGAAGCGGUUUGUAAUACCAUUUUCGUACUAGAGCCACCCUUUAUUUCAGGAUUUGUUGAGUACGUGAUAUGAUCCCAAAUAGGCCACUCUACAAGUUGGAAUUACUUGACGAAGAAGCAAGCUCAAGCUGCCUGAAGAACAUUCAUUUUUGUCGAAGUCAUUUUCCGUGUUCAAGUAGCCAAUUUCGGAGGCACGUUUCUCUCAAAUGGCUCAAUGUAAAUUCAAGUUUAAUGGCUUGUAUUGAACAUGGAGUGAUUAUCUACACAUUGGUAUGCUUGGUUGAUCAAGAAAAUGUCAUUAAGCUUGUUUUCCAAAGACUCAAAGUUGCUACCUCAAAACUGGAAAACUGCCAGAAAAUGGUUAAGUCUGGAAACUGUUUUGUGAGACCUACUUCGGAGCUUAAUUCGAGGAGUA